AUGCCAGAUAUUUUUAACGCACAAAUCUUUUUUGUGAUAUUUAGAGAGACGUUAGAAGCGGUGGUUAUUAUAGCGACGUUGCUAGCUUUUGUGAACCAGAGUUUAGGAGCUGACAGUAAAAAGAUUCGAAAAGAUUUGGGGAUUCAAAUCUGGAUCGGUGCUUUGACUGGUAUCUGUGUAUGCGUGAUCAUUGGUGGUGCAUUUAUAGGUGUCUAUUACUCGUUGAAAAAAAACUACUGGGCCAAAUCUGAAGAUUUAUGGGAAGGCAUUUUCUGUAUUAUUGCCAAUGUGCUAAUUACCAUCAUGGGUAUCUCCAUGUUGAGAAUUAAUAAAAUGCAGGCCAAGUGGAGAGUCAAGAUUGCCAAGGCUUUGGCUAAACCUCCCAACAAGAAAAUAGAUAGGUUGAAAUGCGGCUACAUCUUUAAAAGAUAUUCUAUGUUCAUUCUUCCGUUUAUCACCACGUUGAGAGAAGGUAUGGAAGCUGUGGUCUUUGUGGGAGGUGUUGGUAUUGGAGCAUCUGCAAAAUCUAUUCCAUUGGCAGUUGUUUGUGGUCUCAUUUCCGGUAUUCUCGUGGGUGUGUUCAUGUACUAUGGAGGUUCCGCCAUGUCUUUGCAACUAUUUCUCUGCAUUUCUACUGCUAUUCUUUACCUUAUUGCUGCAGGCUUGUUUUCAAGAGGUAUUUGGUUCUUUGAAAAUUAUUUCUUUAAUCGGAAGACUGGUGGUGAUUCUUCUGAGACUGGCUCUGGACCUGGAAGUUACGACAUUUCAACCGCUGUAUGGCAUGUCAACUGCUGUAAUCCUCAGACUAAUGAUGGCUGGGGUAUCUUCAAUGCCCUACUAGGAUGGCAGAAUACUGCUACUUAUGGAUCUGUCAUAUCUUACAACAUUUACUGGCUAACGAUUAUUACAGCCCUUUCAGUGAUGUACUACGAGGAAAAAUACGGCCACAUACCACUGCUGAAGAACGUCAAGCUAAGGCACUUCAACCCAAUAUACUACUUUCGGAAAGAGAAGAGAAAGGAGCUCUCCCAGGAAGAGCAGCACAAAUUAUUCAAAGAUGCUGAAAAGAGACUCAGAGAAGAAGUAAUAACCGAAACCCAUCGGCACGACGAAACUUAG